GUCAAACAGUACAGUGAGCAGGGCAUCCCUCCUAUGAGCAUCUCUGCAAAACAGCCACUAUAGAGACGUUGGUGUAAAUCACAUUUCUGACAGUGUGUUUUUAUUAUAAUUACAUUAUUUAGUCACAUUAGAGUGCAUGCAUCUUCCAGUGCGCCUGGGAAACAUGGGACUGCUGUUUCAGGCAUCUUUGUUAUUCUUUCUCUUCACCCUCGUUCAUACAGAUCCAUUGACGACAUGUGGAUCCGAUCAUUUCCAGUGUGGGAACGGUAAAUGCUUGCCGGCUCGAUGGGUGUGUGACGGCAUGGACGACUGUGGAGACGCCACUGAUGAACUUCCUGCUACCUGCAUGACUAAGACCUGCAAGCCGACAGAGUUCAGCUGCACGGACCGUCUGAACCAGUGCCUCCCGGAGAGCUGGCACUGUGACGGGAAAGCUGACUGUGAGAAUGGAGCUGAUGAGGAGAGCUGUGCGCCAAAGCUGUGCACGAACACAGAGUUUCGCUGCGGGAGUGGUCAGUGCGUGUCGUCGUCCUUCGUGUGUGACGAUGAGGCGGAUUGUGACGACGGCAGCGAUGAAGCGUCCUGUCCGCCGGUCACCUGCAGCCCGGCCUCCUUCCAGUGCAACAACACCGUCUGCGUGCCUGGUCUGUGGGCCUGCGACGGAGACAUGGACUGCUCCGACGGCUCCGAUGAGUGGCCUCAGAGCUGCGGAGGAGCAAAGUCAACGGUUACUGUUCCCGCUCAUCAGUGUUCGAACCUGGAGUUCCUCUGCGGCAGCGGGGAGUGCAUCCACAGCAGCUGGAAGUGUGACGGAGGCGCCGACUGCUUUGAUAGAUCCGAUGAAGCAGGAUGUGCACACACCACCUGCGCUCCCGAUGAGUUUGAAUGUGAUGACGGUUCUUGUAUCCACGGCAGCCGGCAGUGCGACCGUCAAUUCGACUGCAGGGACCGCAGCGAUGAAUUCGGCUGCAUCAACGCAACCCACUGUGAUGGUCCGACCCACUUUAAGUGCCGCAGCGGGGAGUGUAUCAGCAUGGAGAAGGUGUGUGACAGGAAGCGUGAUUGCAGGGAUUGGACAGACGAGCCUCUGAGGGAAUGUGGCUCCAAUGAAUGCCUUUACACCAACGGCGGCUGCUCGCAUGUUUGCAAUAACCUCAAGAUCGGAUACGAGUGUCUGUGUCCUACUGGAUAUAACCUGGUGGAGAAAAAACGCUGUGAAGACAUCGACGAGUGUGCCAACCCAGACACCUGCAGCCAGAUCUGCAUCAACCUGGUGGGCAGCUUCAAAUGUCAAUGUGAGGAGGGGUACCAGGUGGACCCAGCAACCAAAGCCUGCAAGGCCAUCGGUACAAUCGCCUACCUGUUCUUCACCAACCGUCAUGAAGUCAGAAAGAUGACGUUGGAUAAGAGUGAGUACACCAGAGUGAUCCCCCGUCUGAAGAGCGCUGUGGCUCUGGACAUGAACAUGGCCACCAAAGACAUCUACUGGUCCGACAUCUCCCAGAAGAAGAUCUACAGAGCUCCGAUGGACUCGGCUGAAAACUCGGCUGAACACAGCGUAGUGGUCGGCAGAGACAUGGACGCACCUGAAGGCAUCGCGUUCGACUGGAUCCACGGGAACCUGUACUGGACCGACAGCAUCCGAAGUACCAUCUCCGUGGUUACCGCUGAUGGCAGCCGCCGAAAAACUCUCUUCCGUCGAGAUCUAUCCAAACCGCGUGCCAUUGUGGUCGACCCCCACAGAAACUUCCUUUACUGGACCGACUGGGGGAGUCCCGCUAAGAUCGAGAAAGGAGGAGGUUUAAACGGAGGAGACCGAACCGCUCUGGUCACCGACAACAUCGAGUGGCCAAAUGGGAUCACAAUCGACCUGUUGAACCAGCGGCUGUACUGGGUGGACUCCAAGCUGCACACCCUCUCCAGCAUCGAUGUGCAGGGCGGUGGUCGACGCACCAUCAUCCUGGACGAACACAAGCUGGCUCACCCUCUGGGCCUCACUGUGUUUGAGGAAAGAGUGUAUUGGACCGACGUCAGUAACAAUGCCAUCUUCAGUGCCAACAGGCUGACGGGGGAGAACAUCACAGCCGUGGCAGAGCCUCUCAUCCCAGAAGACAUUAUCCUCUUCCAUAACCUCAAACAGCCCGCUGGCAGGGAUUGGUGCCUGGUCUCCGGCUGUGAAUACUUGUGCCUGGCAGCUCCUCAAGUGGGCCGACACCCCCCCAAAUACACAUGUGUGUGUUCAGAUAACAUGAUGCUAGCCCGGGAUAUGAGGUCAUGCGUACCUGCCGUGCCCACGCCUGAAGCUCCUGUGCAGCCUCAGGUUCCAGCUACAGACCCUCCUCGCCGCCCUCCAGUUCCAGCCAGCACCACACCCAAGACCCUGGUCCAAACCACCCCAAUACCCCAAAUCCGUACCACCCCUAAACCCCCAGUCCGUACCACCCCAGUUCCCAUAAUCACCACCACUGCAGCCAGGCCAGCACCACGCACCACCAUCAAACCUCCAGUAAAGACCACCACCCCAGAACCAAAGAUCCCGUCACCCAGGCCGGUGAAUCCUAAAAUCCCCCAGACCACCACAGGGGCUCCAGUCACAUCUCAAGAUAAUCAACAUGAAUUUGCCACUGCUGUACCCAACACUGCCUCCACCACGCCGAUAGCUCUGAAUAUAGCAUUACCUCUGGUGAUCAUUUGUCUGGUGGCUAUUGGUGGCGUGCUACUAUGGAGGAACUACAGGCUGAAAAACACCAACACAAUCCACUUUGACAACCCCGUUUACCAGAAAACCACCGAGGACCAAGUGCAUAUUUGGAGGAGCAACAGCAUUGAUGGUUACUCCUACCCAAAAAAACAAGUCGUGAGCUUGGAUGAAGAAGAGGACAAUCCAGUCUUCACAGAAAACUGAAAAAUGUCAUGCAGAGUGGAAAGAAGAGCCUUGAUGAUAAGCUACCUUGGACGUCCUUGUGUAUUUUUUACCUGACAUGGCACAAAGAUAUGGAAUUUAAAGCCAAUCUUGAAACCACUAUAUCCUCACAAACGCUCUAAUGGCGCAUUUCCACUACAGCGCGGAGCUCGCUUUAAGCGUGCAGUGCCUGUUUUUGGUUGCGUUUCCACUUGGUGUAGUUCCGGCUAGUGGGUACUAUUUCAAAGUUUUUCUGGCCCCAUAAAAUCGAGGAUCUUAGCAGGUCAACAACCAGGCUGAGUCGGGCUGAGUAUGCUAAACUAGAGAGAGAAUCGCUGGCAAGGGGGCUACAACUACAACAUGAUGAACAUAUUUGACCGUGAUUUAAUUGUAAUACACGUUUCAAAAUGAUGCCGAAGUAACAACAUACUGAUACCGGUUAGUAAAAACCAUGAAUUAAUGCUUUGAGAAGUGUGCAGACAGACGGCAGGCGAAAA